AUGGCUGCAGUCCAUGACAAGAAGAUUUUCGAUUUGUCAAAAGUCUCGGAUUUUUUGACAGUAAAGCGAGGAUUUGAUGAUUACCAAUAUCCUGGACUUGCCGACCGGGGCUAUAUUGGAAUCCAGAAAUAUCACCUUACUGCCGUGGUGAUGAAGAGAAGCCACGAAGAAGCAGACGUUGAACGCAACAACGCCAUUGCCCAAGACAGGCAGAUUGUCGAGCGUUUCUUUGCACGUUUCAAGUCAUGCUGGUCCUGCAUGAAAAAUGGUUUUCGAGGUGAGCGCACAUCACUUCCUCUGAUCAUAUCAGGUUUAGUCGGUUUGACAAAUUAUAACAUUGAUGGAUCACCCCUGAAUGAUAAUGAAGAGUUACUCCUUUUCGAAGAUUUUACACCAACAAAGGUUCUUCCUUCAAGCGAUACCGUCGCUGCUGUUGUUGCACCCUCCAUGAAACCAUCAAAGCGGAACAUCAUUGCUGUCGCUCAUCAAGCUGUCGAUAUCAUACAGUCAUCACAAGAGGCGAACUACCUUUACCCAAUUAAAGGUGGUAUUGUUGGUCUUCAUA